AUGGUUCCUUCCGAUAUUAUACCCAUGCCUCUUCCCGAGCCUGAGAUCUUCGUCGACGUCGCUAUAGCGGGGGCUGGUCUUGGCGGUCUCGCGCUGGCAGUUGGUCUGCAGGAGCGAGGUUUUAAGUCGGUAAUGCUCUUCGAGGCCGUGCCUUACUCCCGCUCCCAAACCGGCACAAUUUUCGCAAUACCAGCCAACCGUGGGGUGGGCCCGAGCCCAAGAGGAGGAGGUGAAACCCCCAAGAAGUCAGGAGGAGCGAUGGAGCAGCACCAGCGUCAAGUCGUGGUGGUUCGUGCGAAGAUUCUGGUCGCAGCAGAUGGCGUGCGAUCAGCUGUGCGAAAUCAGAUGAUUGGAGACUCGCCACGGUAUCUGGAGCAGAUUGGUUGGAAUGCACUUGUGCCAAAUCCGCCAAGUGCGAGAGUCUACCCACAAGAAGAUGAGGAGUUACUUUUUUAUAUGGAUGAGGUUAUGGGUUACCAGAUGUAUCUGAUUGAUAUCGGCCACGGGAAGACCUUUUGGCAGGUUCGUGUUCUUGACCCUGAUAGCAAGCUGAAGUCCGAGCUCAAACUAACACCCUUCGGGGGAUUCGGGAAACCAGGUGUCAAAGACCGUUUGAUGUGCCACGUCAGCAAGAACAUUGCGGACCCAUCAGGCCAUGACAUCUGGCAUACCGUGCUUCAGGCGGUUACCACAACGGACCCCGGUAACAUCUACGAGCGGUGGAUGAUGGACAGGCCUCCUCGAAAGGAUUCUUGGAGCGACCCCAAGUGUGGUAACAGGGUUGUUCUAAUGGGGGAUGCUGCACAUGCCAUGCACACUGGCCCAGGGCAGGGGGCUCAGAUGGCUUUUGAAGAUGCACACCAGCUGUCCCUAUGCCUUUCUGACGUCAAGGAUGUGCUUGCCGAGCCUGCUGCCGUGGCUGCUGCGGUUCGGGAGUACGAGGCUCGGCGGAUUGACAGGUGUGUGAGGGUGCAUGCAUACGCCACUGGGUCACAUGGGUUCGGAGAGGAGGGGAAAGUUGUGAAGGCGCUCUCUCCACCAGAGAAGAUGAGAAGGUUUAUGGAGUUUAGGAGUUGGGUCCAUGCGUACCCAGACAAGAUUAAAGGUGACCCUGAAUCCACCUACUUUAAAUGA